AUGAUGGAACCGACAGUGGCGCCCGGAGAGGUGCUCAUGAGCCAGGCCAUCCAGCCGGCGCACGCCGACUCCCGGGGAGAGCUGAGUGCGGGGCAGCUGCUCAAGUGGAUGGACACCACCGCCUGCCUGGCUGCCGAAAAACAUGCCGGGAUUUCCUGUGUCACCGCCUCAAUGGACGACAUUCUGUUUGAGGACACAGCUAGAAUUGGACAAAUUAUUACCAUCCGAGCAAAAGUGACUAGAGCAUUCAGCACGAGCAUGGAGAUCAGUAUCAAGGUCAUAGUCCAGGACAAGUUCACGGGUGCUGAGAAGCUCCUCUGUGUGGCUUUCUCUACAUUUGUAGUUAAGCCAGUUGGAAAAGAAAAGGUCCUCUUAAAACCUGUCAUGCUACAAACGGAGCAAGAGCAAAGAGAAUACACUCUGGCUUCGGAGAGAAGGAAAGUUCGAUUACAGCAUGAGAGCACCUUCAACAACAUCAUGAAGGAAAGCAGCAGGUUCAGUGAUCCCAUUUGUAGUGAUGAAGAAGGAACAGCCACCACCAUGGGCACCUCCGUUCAGAGCAUUGAACUCGUUCUCCCGCCCCAUGCAAACCAUCACGGAAACACAUUUGGCGGGCAGAUUAUGGCAUGGAUGGAGACAGUAGCAACCAUUUCUGCAAGCCGCCUGUGUCAUGGGCAUCCCUUUCUGAAGUCUGUGGAUAUGUUUAAAUUCCGGGGACCAUCCACAGUUGGAGACCGUCUUGUCUUCAAUGCCAUAGUCAACAACACAUUUCAGAACAGUGUGGAAGUUGGAGUGCGUGUUGAGGCCUUUGACUGCCAGGAGUGGGCCGAGGGCCGAGGCCGCCACAUCAACAGUGCUUUUCUCAUUUACAACGCUGUUGAUGAUCAGGAGGGAGCCAUCACCUUCCCCAGAAUCCAGCCCAUAACAAAGGAUGAUGUUCGACGUUAUCAGGGAGCUAUCGCAAGGAGGAGAAUUCGCCUAGGCAGGAAAUAUGUUAUUUCCCAUAAAAAAGAAGUUCCACUCAGCACACAAUGGGAUAUAAGCAAAAAGGGAUCCUUAAGUAAUACCAAUGUGGAGGCUCUCAAAAAUCUGGCAUCCAAAAGCGGCUGGGAGGUUACCACCACCUUGGACAAGAUAAAAAUAUAUACCUUGGAAGAGCGAGAUGUCAUAUCUGUUAAGGUUGAAAAGCGUGUUAACAGUCCAGCACACACGGCUUACCAUCUCUUGUCUGACUUCACAAACCGACCUUUGUGGGACCCCCAUUACAUAACCUGUGAGGUCGUGAACCAGGUGAGUGAGGAUGAUCUGAUAUAUUACAUCACCUGUUCUGUGGCAAAUGGAGACAAACCCAAAGACUUCGUAGUGCUUGUGUCACGAAGAAAGCCUCUCAAAGAUGAUAACACUUACACGGUGGCCGUGAAGUCCGUUUUCCUUCCCUCAGUCCCACCAUCUCCACAGUACAUCAGAAGCGAGGUCAUAUGUGCUGGGUUUCUCAUCCAGGCUAUCAACAGCAGUUCAUGCACCGUAGCGUACCUGAAUCAGAUGUCAGACAGCAUCCUUCCUUACUUUGCUGGCAAUAUUGGUGGCUGGUCAAAAUCCAUUGAGGAAGCUGCAGCCGCUUGUAUAAAAUUCAUAGAGAAUGCUGCCCAUGAUGGACUUAAAAGUGUGUUAUAAAUGGUCAACUCUCAAUUACUGUAAUUUAAUUUCCCAGGUUUAAUUCCAAGUGUCCUUAGCCCUUUAAUUUGGCAAGCUUUGGGAUCAUGCAAUGAUUUCAUGGCAGCCUAAGUAAAAUGCGGUUAUGAAGAUAUUAAAAACCAACAUGUGUUCUGAUGAUUUGGAUUCAAACUACAAGACCUCUAAAGCCCUAUUAUACAGACACUGAGAAAUUACCUGAUACAAUAUUGCAUGAUCUAUAAAAUGUCACAAAGUUAGUUAAAACUCUCACAGAAGUUCAAUGUGUAUUCUGCAAUGGUGAGUUUAUAAAAUGUGAAACGAUGGCAGGCUUAGUGGAUGAGUGUUUAAUAUUGUUCCAUGGGCAGCAGACAUGUCUGUCAGGGGUCUCUGAGAAGAUGUAUUCCAUGUUUUAGAACUUUAAAUUAGGAAGCAUUAAAACAUAAUGGAAUCCAA